AUGCAGCACCAAGUUGGAACUACUGAAAAGAAAGCACGCAAGGUUGGGAGGCCAAAGGAUGCUAACCAAGAGCAAGCAUUUAUAAGGAUGUGUUCCUUCUUUGAGGAAAACGAUGAAGAGCAACUAACAGUAUCAGAUCUUGCUGAUAGAAUGGGUGAAUAUCUGGUAGAACAAGACUCUGUUGCCUAUGGUAAUCAAUACCUGAAGUCCAAGCUGUUGAAACAUUACGGUGAGUCAAUAUUCAUAGCCGAGGGCAAUGGGUUACAUGACAUCGUCACUUUCCGUGAGAAGACCAGUAUCCUAAGGGACUACUUCAGUAAACCGGAAACGGUUGAAGGAGCCCGAAAGAGCGCUAUUAUAGAGACUGCAGCCAAACUCAUCAAGAGCGACAUUAAGUCAAUGAUUCCACUUUCAACAGAUCAGUACCCAAAAGCUUCAGAUGUUGAAUUAAAUUCCGCAUUAGAGUAUGUUCCACCUAGCUUGCACUGCUUACUCAAAAACCUCCUUGUUGGAAAGGAUAUUCGCAGGAAAGAAGCAAGUAUUGGGCAAUGUAUCAUCCAAGCUGUACGACCUAGGGCUGUAGUAGCCCCAUUACAGAUUGGAUUAGCAGUGCAGAUGCACCACCAUUUCAGGUCACGAUUUCUAGUAGAUAUCUGGCGGCAAUGGGUUUUUCUUCCUCAUAUUCCGAAGUUCAACGUUUUGAGGAAAACGCUGCAGCAUCUGUUGCUCCGGACGUACUAGGUGGUGACAUACACGCACUAGAUGCAGCCCUUCUGUUUGCAGCUGAUAACGUUGACCAUAACAUCAUCACGUUAGAUGGAAAGGGAACAUUUCACGGCAUGGGGAUGAUAGCAGCCAUAACCCCAGAAAGGCAGACCAGUCACACUGUUCUCAGACAAAAAAUCGCGCAGUUAAAGAUUGUUGAGCUAGCUCAAGUUGAUAUCAAAGAAUAUCGGUUCGCGAAAUACGCCCGAAACAACAUUAAAUUCGAUCCCAUGCCUUACUUUGACGGCGAUGCCCACAAGAUUGAUAUAUUGUGGGCAAUGUCCUUUCGCUUCAAGAAGUCCGCGCCAGGCUGGCAGGGAAUGAUGCAUUUGUUGCACAAAGAUUGCGAUCAUCCAGGACAAUCUUCCGUCGUCUUUCUACCAAUAAUUGACAUGUAUCCUGGAGAUAAGUCGUGCAUCUUCUCCACCCUCGAAUACUUGUGCAAUCUUGCUAUUGGACACAAAACUACAGCAGUUGUUACAUUCGAUCAGCCACUUUAUUGGAAAGCUUCAGAAAUCAAACAUGAGGUACCAGGAGACAGCCAAAUUCGAAGUGUUGUGUUGCUACUUGGAAGCUUUCACACGUUAAUGAAUCUUCUGGGUGCCAUAGGAACGUUGAUGGAUGGGAGUGGAAUCAAGGAGAUUCUAGGAACCAUUUACGGCGAAAAUGCAGUGCAGCAUAUCAUGACUGGAAAGGCAGUUCAACGAGCAUUACGCGGACAUCUUCUCCUCGAUCAGUGCCUCACACAACAGGUCGUUGACAAGGUAAUGUCCGAUCGCCCUGACUUUGCAAACCUAUUGCAAAAACUGGAGGAGUUGUACGAACAGGAAGUGCCAGGGCAUAGUCAUCUUGAUUCGUUAAUCUCAUCUAGCUGCCUUAGUGAAAUAGCUCAGAUCUUGUCUUCCAAAGAAGGCGAAUUGUCAGCUCACUCUGCCACCGCCAAACUGUGGCUGGUUUAUCAGCAGAUGAUAAGAACUGCGAGGGAACUUAUCAAAGCUGACCGUACUGGAUCCUGGUUGAUGCAUCUUCAUGCUAUAUCUGAGUGUUUACCUAUAUUUGCUGCAGCUGGACAUUCAAAUUAUCUGAAAUCGGCUUAUCUGUACCUGCAAUCCAUGACAAGACUUGAAAAGGGCAAUCUGUCAGUCUUCCGCAAGUUCAUGAAUGGGUUGCACGUUAUCAGGCAAAGUGAUCAGUAUUGGGCUGGACUGGGUUGCGAUCUUGUAAUCGAGCAAGCUCUUAUGCGGUCCCUAAAGAUUGCAGGUGGUCUCACGAGAGGAAGUGGAAUGUCUGAACACCAGAGAGUCCUGUGGACUAUGUCUGCACCAGUGUGUUCAGCAUACAGCGAUAAGAUGCAGUCUUUUACCGACCAGAGCUUAGUUACCAGCGAACAGCACAAAAGAAGCGACUGCGUCAAGGGUGAAAAGAGAUCACGAAGACCUUGAGAAAAUUGCGGGAAAACGCCAAGAAUUUUCUCCCUUCUCAGAAGAGGCAUCUUUGCGCAACAUAAUUACCGGUGUCAACGCCAACGAGGAUGUAAACGUCCAUAACCUGUUUGCCAUUGGAAAGGAAACUUUGGCGACCAUGGAGGAACAGCCGGUGUUUUCCUUUGCUUACAAAAGAAAACUGAAAGCAAGGACGCUGGCAUCUGCUCGCGCGGUCAAAGUUGCCGAAGAUAGAACAAUAGACCCAGCUCUGUUGUUCCAGAGGUUUCUUGUUGUAUGUCAAACAGAAGACCUUUCGCUUGAAGAGGUGUUGAGCUAUGAACUUUCACCAUACCCUCCAUCAUUGUUUGAGGCAAAAAACCUGCUACGCAAGGCGGAUAAAGCCCAACUUCUUGACGGUCUUAAAAACUAUGUUGCAUCUUGUUCCGAUGAAGCAGUCCUUCAUUAUAUUCCAGAGGUCGAGCACAACGUCCUAGAUGGAGGGUCCCUUCUUCAUCGAUUGAAGUGA